AUGGAAUCAGAUUUUACAGGAGGCAACAUGAUCUCAUCCGACAAGCCAGGGACGUUUCCCAAGACUUUACGCUGAUGUUGCCCGCACUGGGUGUUCACGUGGGAGGGGUACAUCCGGUCUAAUGGCGUCAAGAGCUGGGCAUUGUUGUCACAUUUUGUCCUACAGUGUUUCAAUAUUUCGCAUUGUUUAUGUUGCUUGAAUUUCGCGAGGAGAAGACAAGAAGCACGGCCGGUCGCGCGAAUUACGAUAAACGGGAGUUGGAAUGAACGAAUUUGUACUCGUGCGACGCGUAUCAAGAUGCAGAUAUUAAGAGCUGAUCUUUUUAGAUAGUUGGAUGCUAUCUAUAAAACUAGAUAAGCUUUGAGAGAGAUAAAGAAAGAGAGAGCGAAUAAUCAUUAUAUCAGUAUUGAGAAUAUUCAAUUAUGGAAGUCACAACGGAGGAAGCACAAGCUGUGCUCUUGGAGGGGAUGGAAGGUGCUCAGUACAUCACCAUUCAGAGAGCGGAUGGGGAGUCAUUGAGCAAAGGAGUACCACUGUUAGCUUUGAACGGUGAAUUAAUCUCAGAGGGGAUGGUUGUGGACAUGAUUAAUGCCGGAGUCGGUGCGGACUAUGGCACCCCUACUCAGUAUUACGAGGAUGACUUGUUGUCGCAUGAACUGACCGAGAAUGUAAAUUGUGUGAUGCAGGAGGACCGCAGACUGGCUGCGGCCCUGGUCGCGGUACAGUUGCACCAGCAGCAGAAGCAACAGCAGCUGCACAUUCAGCCUCAGCACGAGGACCCGACAUUGCCGGAUGUUUCUCAUCUGGAGACCUUGGCACCGGUGAAUUCGUACGCCAUCGAAGAUGUACCCGAGCCAAACGCCCCGCCGGCUGUCUAUCCGACGUUGCAGUCCUUCAAGAGGAUCACGCAGAACGUGAAGCAAGAGUUCAUCAAUGUGAAAAGUGAAUACGACGUUGAGGUUUCCGCGGAGAGUAGUGAGGAUGCUACGUCGGCGUCCGGGCCCAAGAGAACUUUGCCGCACAAGAAAAGGAUACCUCGUAAGUUGAAGCAGCACACGAAGAAGAACGCCGCGCGGAAAGACAGUGGUAAGUCGAUCGAGGAGGACGUGGCGGUCGACUCCGUCAGCGAGGCACAGGCUAACAUCUUCAAGUGUGAGCUGUGCAGCUCCAAGUUCAGCAGCCAGUUGAAGUUCUUCGAGCACUUGAAGGUGCAUUACGAACCGGUGAAACAAGAGACGCGAAUAGCUCAAGCGGUUAAUACCAAUGUCACGAUAUCAGUGCCAGAGACGGUGCACAAUUUAGAUACCACUGUGAUCGAAGAAUUCAGCGAACCUGAGGACCUAAUGGAGGGUAUUCGAGGUGUAGUGGAGGAAACCGGCGCGCAUAUCGACGAAGACACGGAGUCCUCGCUUCCCUCCACGAACGAGUCGACAAUAUGGACUAUCCCCAGCAUCACGGGGACCGAUCAGCCACCGAGGGACCAUAUGUCGGUCGUUAGCGAGGAAAGCUUGGACGAGAGAUCGAAGACUGAUAGUCCGCAGAGGACUAAGAGAAAGAGGGCUAAGUCGCCCAGAUCGCGAAUCAAAGCGAGGCUAGAACAAUUAACGUGCCCGCAGUGCGGUCGUUUAUUCCACCACAAGAAUAGUUUAGUCUACCAUAUGCGAUCUCACAGCGGGGAACGGCCGCACCAGUGCGAGAUCUGUAGCAAGCGUUUUUUUGCUGCCAGCGCGUUGAAGGUGCACAAGAGACUUCACAGUGGUGACAAGCCGUACAAGUGCGACGAAUGCGGGCGCCACUUCCGGCAAUGGGGCGACCUCAAGUACCACUCGACGAGCAUUCACUCGGAGCACAAGCAGUACCAGUGCGAGUACUGCGCGAAGGAGUUCGCCCGGAAGUACUCGUUGAUCGUGCACAGGCGUAUCCACACCGGUGAGAAGAACUACCGUUGCGAGUACUGCAACAAAACGUUCAGGGCGAGCAGUUAUCUGCAGAAUCACCGGCGCAUACACACUGGCGAGAAGCCUCACCCGUGUGCCGUGUGCGGCAAGCCGUUCCGAGUGCGUAGUGACAUGAAGCGGCACAUGCACACCCACUCGAAAACGAAGGGCGACAAGCCGCCCAACAAAAUCGUAACGGGCAAGACGGUGGAGGAGGAGAGCGACAAAGGGAUGCAGGCACAGUCGAUUCGCGAUCUCGUGAGAGAUCUGAAGUUAGAGGUCGAGGGAACGGGGGUGAAGAUCGUGACGCCGGACAACAGCCCGGAGAGCAUCUUGCCGCACACGGGAGCGCAGAACACGCUGGAGUACACCGUAUCGUCUCCAACGGACACGACCGUCGACAGAGAUCCGCUGGAGGCUGCCGUACGAACCAAUGACAGUGACAAUAUAUAUUACUUGAUAUAACCCAGGGACAUCGACGAGGACAUCGACGAGGACAUCGAGUGGGAUUUCUGCUCCUCUAUAUAAUAAUAGGAUCAAUCGUUCAGUCGACGUAUAAUUCAAGAGAGAGGUCUGUAAUGCAUAGAUCAUGUUUCGCGGAAAUUAUGGACGUUGGACUGUUAAAAAUUCUGCAAGUAUAUUUAUAUUUAAAUUAUUAGCAUAAAACUGAUUUAAAGAAUUCAUAUAAAGAGAUUGAAAGAAUCGAGCUUCGGACAAAGCCGUUUCGUUGUAUAGUUGGAUGCAUUAAUACUUUGGUUCUCUCGUAUUCGCAAGAAGUCCAAUAGUUUUCUCGAUAACCGACUUGCUUUUGUACUUUCCUAAAGUGAAACUUCACACUGUUCACUGUGUAUGUGUCAAUUCAUACUCCAUUCAGCACGCGCGCGUGAGUGUGUGUGUGUCUGUGUGUGAAACAGUGUGUUUUUCAAAUAUUGUAGAAUAAUUUUGGCGAUUGAAUUGUGAGCUCGUUGAAAAGCUUUAAUGCACCCGAUUAUACAAGUCUUAGGUUGGGAGGAUUGUGUUGUUUACUUCUGGCCAAUUUAAUACAAAUGACUGAUAAGUAAACCGCAUUAACGCACUGCCUAUAGUAGCGUGUAAUAUUUUUUUCAAUCUUACGAAAAGAGCAAGUAAUUCGAAUAUAAAAUUGAGCACGGAACCGGACUGUUGUAGUUUUAUGAAAGGAAAAAACACGACAGAUCCAUGAAAAUUACGCACGUGUACACACACACACACACACACACACACACACACACACAC